AAAGGGCCCAAAACAAUGGCACAGUCAUACGUUGCGUCAUCGCUCCGACACGUUUUAUUUUGAAAAUCCAAACCGGAAUAGCAUUAUUUAUUUUAGCUAGCUUGCCGGCCUUGCGAGAAAGCGAGUGACGGUGGGGAAGUGCAUCUGGUGGUACCGCAUCAUCCCGUCAUCCCAAACUCUAACCGGUGAUAAUCCAGCUAAUAUCAUCCGGAUAAACGAGCAGCAGUCGGACUGUUCGCUGUCAGUAGGCCGGUUCGGCGCGGUCACAUCCCUCCAAAUCCUCCUAAAACGUCCAGCGGAAGAAAGGCUGAUAAAAAAAAAAAAAAGAUGAACGAUACUGAGCUCAGUUCCCCGCCGGCGGAGUACGAUUUCGAGCGGCGUUUCGACGAAAGACGAGCCCUGGAAUGGAUGCAGGAAAACUGGAGCAAAUCGUUCAUGUUCUGUGGCCUGUACGCUGCGCUCGUGUUCGGUGGUCAGCACUUCAUGAGGGAAAGGCCGAAGCUGAACCUGCGACGCCCGUUAGUGCUGUGGUCGCUCAGCCUGGCCAUCUUCAGCAUCAUAGGGGCAGUGAGGACUGGACUGUACAUGCUGCACGUCCUCACAAGCAGCGGCUUCAGACAGUCAGUGUGUGACAUCAGUUUCUACAGCGCCCCCGUCAGCAAAUUCUGGGCCUACGCCUUUGUUCUUAGCAAGGCCCCCGAGCUGGGUGACACAGUGUUCAUCGUCCUCCGGAAGCAGCGCCUCAUCUUCCUGCACUGGUACCACCACAUCACCGUGCUGCUCUACUCCUGGUACUCCUACAAGGACCAGGUGGCGGGCGGCGGCUGGUUCAUGACCAUGAACUACGUGGUUCAUUCUUUCAUGUACACGUACUACGCUGCCCGGGCGGCCGGCCUGCGGGUGCCCCGUCCCUGCGCCAUGAUCAUCACGGCCACCCAGAUCCUGCAGAUGGUGAUGGGCUUGGCUGUCCUGGGCCUGGUGUACCGCUGGAUGCACGAGGUGCGCUGUCCGUCCUACGUGGACAACAUCGCGUGGGGCUCUCUCAUGUACCUCAGCUACUUGGUCCUUUUUGCCUUGUUCUUCUACAACACCUACCUCAGAGGCUCCUCCGGGGACAAAAGAUCCAAGGCAGAGUAGCAUGUCUGUACUGUGCUCGGCAGUCGUAUUGAAGUGUGCCAUACGUAGAAAUGACCAACAGUGAGGGGCCAUGAAUGUGUGAGUCACAACUAGUUAACUGGUUGCUCGGUCCUCCUCUUUUUAUGACAUUUUCACUUGACUUUUUAUAGGCGUCUGUAGCUCAGAACAGUGAUUCGUCCGUGGAUUUAGAGCGGUAGGAAAGAGGAGGCCGGUUCGGACUGAGCACAGUUUAAUAUGAUCUCAUAAUUAGUUUGGAGUAAGUAUGAAAAUUGAUGAAAGACGGGGAUGGAGGAAUACCAUGUUUGUGUUUGACUAACAUAGUACUCACUUCAUUUAUAUUAUUGCCUUGGUUACUUAGACUAUUGACCAGUAUCAAAAAACCGCCAUAUGAGGGCCAAAUAUUUGUCAGAGGUGGUUAACAAAUGUUUCUGUUCGUAUGUUGUAAUGAAGAAGCGAGUCCUUGAUGUAAAAGCUCUGAACUAGAACUUGUGAAUUUUAAAUUGUUAAAGGACGAGUUCAACAUGUUGGGAAAUGCAGUUAUUUGCUCUCUUUCUGAGAGUGAGAUGAGAAGAUUGAUAUCAAUCUCAUGCCUGUGCUUUAAGUAUUAGGGGGAGUGCCGGAACUACUUCUUGACAAACAGCAGUUUAUCCAUCCGCCCAGUACUUCUUAGCAGUGUCUCCGGCUAUAGCACGGGUUGCCAGAUGCAGCUGGUGCACAGCUUUUGGUGUCUGUACAGAGAGAUUGGUACCAAACCUGCCAACUUUACUGCGUUGCAACACUUUAUGUAUGAAACAAGCAAGAUACAACGUGUUAGUAAUGAGCUUUAGAGGCCCUGGAAGGUGUAUUUUUUUCACUUUGGACAGAGCUAGGCUAGCUGUUUCCACCUGCUUCUAGUCUUUAUGCUAAGCUAAGCUAACCACGUCCUGAUGCUAGAUCUGUAUUUAACGCACAGACAUUAAAUUGACAACAGUCUUCUCAUCUCACUCUCAGAAAGAAAGUAAAUAAGUGUAUUACCCAAAAAAAUGUUGGACUUUUCCUUUAAAAUGGUGUCUGAUUCUGCCCUAGCACAACUGUGACCUACAGGAUACUAAAUUUAGGAUUACCAAAAGGGAAUCAAGACCUCAAUGCACUGAAUGGAAGAAGGGUGUUUUCUCAUGUUUAGUUUUAGCACUCACCACACACACACACACACACACAUUACACACGGCAUUUUAAAUAUGUACCCCUGUCACAGAUCGCUUCAGCAUGUCACCCUCCUACAGUACUGCUCAUAAACCACAGAGCUUUUUAUUACGCUGUGUGUGGCUACAGUAAACUGACACAUGCUAAUACGCACUCAUUAUUAUGCUGUUUUUCUUUUUAAAAGGAACGCUGACGAUCAAUUUAUCUCGGCCUGUACUGUAUGUCUGCUCUCACCACACAAGCACUUUGUUAGAUGAUAAGAUGUGAGCGACGCUCUGCAGCUGACAGCCGUCCAAGAGCAAAUUACGUCCAGGAAGAGGGAUGUGUAAUAUGUUGAGCUUCUGCCCCUGUCCUUUGGUAAAAAAAACAAAAAAAUCAGGUUUACUCAGUGUGCACAUUUUGCCUUCUUCAUCUCACUCGAGAGCCCAGUCUGCAUCUCCCCUUCACGACUGAGGAGCGUUUUAGUGGGUGAUAUCAACAUGGUGUCAACAGCCAGAUGUGUAAAACUCUGUCUAUGCACAAAGACAGAAAUACUUACCUGUCAGAGUUGUGUAAAUUGUUGUGAAACUGGGAGCAAAUGCACAAACCUCACUGCCACUCCCACAGUUAGCCAUAAAUCAAUAUAGACACGCCCCUAAUCACCUAAUUACUUCACAAGACCGGUCACUGAAAAGAAAAGAGGCGUAGUUUCACUGAUUGUCUCCAACCUCCCUUCGCAGGACUAACUAAUUAUGUACUCAUCAUUGUACCUGUAAACCGUCUCAAUCAUUAUCAAACAUCACGAAAAGCUAGUCAAUGAUUUAGUUUGUAGCACUUUAAUUGAAACAGACUUUAAGAUAAAAGAUAAUAUGAAAAAGAACACAAACACAUUUUCAUUUGAAGGAGUUUUAGAGGCCCCAAAGAAAUCAAAGUAUCCAGUAUUUUACCAGGGAAAAAAGCUAAAAUUAAGAGAAAAGUCAGAGAAAAUAAAUAUAAUUUUAUGUAACAGAAAAUAUUUGUGUGUGUCCAAUCCCUUUGAUCCUCUUGUAAACCCUCAUAUUUAUCUUGGGACCCUUUGGGGUUCCUGAGCCCCAGUUUGAGAACCACUGGUUUUAAAGGUCCAGUGUGAAGUCAGAAAUAUAAUAUUUAUAAGUAUGUUUCCAUUAGUGUAUAAUCACCUGAAAAUAUGAACCGUUGUGUUUUCGUUACCUUAGAAUG